UUUUGCAUAUGUCGCUCUCGUCGAAGUCACAUUGGAUCUAUCUUCGGUAUAAAUAACGAAGGAAAUCCAGGCAUCUUCACCAUUCUCCGCCGGACUACGACGAGGAACAAGAUGUUGUGGUCGCCUGCCAUUUUGCUGCUCCUCGCUGGAGCGGCAUUCGCCAGCCCCCAGAAUGGUUGGAAAGACGGAAAAGAGUACACUUACAAGAUCAGAAGUCGUACCUUGGCUGCAUUCAACCGGCAGUCGAAACAAUACACCGGUAUCGUGAUGGAGGCUCGCCUCACCGUUCAACCGAACGGCGACGACCUCCUCCGCGCCAAGAUCUCGCUGCCCCGUUAUACGCAGAUCCACACGCGUCUCGAGAACGGCUGGGACUCGGAAAUUCCGCAGAGUCAGAUGAACAUGCAGACUUUCCCUCUUAGCGGUAAGCCCUUCGAGAUCAAGACCAAGAACGGAGUCGUGCGUGAUCUGAUCGUCGACAAGGAUGUGCCAACCUGGGAAGUCAACGUGCUCAAGAGUAUCGUCAGUCAACUGCAGGUCGACACUCAGGGUGAGAACGCCGUGCGUUCCAAGCACAACCAGUUCCCCGAAGGCAACCAGCCCUAUGCCCUCUUCAAGGUCAUGGAAGACUCUGUCGGUGGUAUGUGCGAGGUUCUCUACGACGUCUCGGCACUUCCCGAGCGCGUGAUCCAGACCAACCCCGAGCUCGUGCCCAUACCUGAGCUCCGCGAAGACGGUGACAUCAUCUCCCUCGUCAAGACUAAGAACUACAGCAAUUGCGACCAACGCAUCAGCUACCACUUUGGUCUUAACGGACGCAACAAGUGGGAGCCCAGCGGCAACUCGAAAUACCUAUCGAGAUCUUCCGUGAGUCGUGUCAUCGUUUCUGGAAACCUCAAGAGGUACACAAUCCAGUCUUCCGUCACCACGAACAAGGUCGUCCUCAACCCUGACCAGCUGGAGAACCAGCACGGAAUGGUCGCUAGCAGAAUGAACCUUACCUUGCACGAAGUGAAGGACAUCGCCGAGCAAGUUCCUCCACCAUCGAACCCUCAGUCCACCGGAAACUUGGUCUACAACUACAACAGCCCGACCGAGAGCAUCUCCACUCGCCGCCCGAACAAGCUGAACCUGCAAAGGAGGCACGACCACAAAUCCGGCGAGCACAAGCACUCCGACGAAUCUUCGUCCGAGUCUUUCGAGAGCAUCGCCGAUAACAACGAUGACAGCUAUUUCCAGAGGAAACCGAAAUUGACCGAGGCACCCCAGAGCCCCAUGCUGCCAUUCUUCAUUGGCAACAACGGUAACAUGAUCCACAAGAACGGAAAGAUCGACGUUGUCAAGUCCGCCAAGAGCAUCGCUCAGGAAAUCGGCAAUGAGAUACAGAGACCCGACAGCAUGCCCGAGUCCCAGACCCUCGAGAAGGUCACCAUCCUCUCGAGACUGAUCCGCACGAUGAACGCCGAGCAGAUAUCUGAGGUUCAACGCGACCUCUACCAGCAACGCCAGUCCUCGAACCAGCUUCAUCAGCGCGAUCAGGCUCAGAGCUCCCGCAGGAACGCUUGGGUCGCUUUCCGCGACGCAGUCGCUCAGGCUGGAACUGGCCCCGCUCUGGUCAACAUCAAGCAAUGGAUCCAGAACAAACAGAUCCAGGGCACGGAAGCCGCUUUCGUCGUCGAUGCUACCGCCAAGUCCGCUCGCACUCCCACCACCGAGUAUAUGGAUGCCUUCUUCGAGAUAGUCUCCAUGCAAGAGACCAAGAAACAGCGUAUCCUCCGCGAUUCCUCGAUCUUGGCCUUCGCUGACCUCAUCCGUCACGCUAUGGUCAAUCAUAGGAGCGCACAUAACCGUUACCCCGUCCACACUUUCGGAAGGCUCAUCUCCAAGGACAGCAGCAACCUUCUCGAGAAGUACAUCCCCUACAUGGCCGAGGAGCUGAAGAACGCCAUCGACAUGGGCGAAAGCCAGAAGAUCCAAGUCUACAUCGCUGCUAUCGGAAGGACUGCCCACCCACGCAUUCUGUCCGUUUUCGAGCCAUACCUCGAAGGAAGGAAACCGGUAUCUCCGUUCCAACGUCUCGAGAUGGUCCUGCAGAUGUACAAGCUCGCCACCAGCCACCCGAAACUCGCUCGCCCCGUCCUCUACAAGAUCUACUCCAACAUCGCUGACCAUUAUGAAAUCCGUUGCGCCGCCCUCUUCACGCUCAUGAAGACCAACCCACCAGCGAGCAUGCUCCAGAGAAUGGCCGACUUCACCAACUACGACGUCAACAAGCACGUUAACGCAGCCGUCAAGUCCAUCAUCGAGGUUCUUUCCCAGCUUCAGGACGAGGAAUUCCGUGAACUUUCUAAUGCCGCCAAGGCUGCCUUGCCCCUUCUGACUCCCGAGAAAUACGGACCUCAGUACUCGCGCGUCUUGUUGAAGACUUUCAAGAACUCGGAGACCAACUCCGAAUUCAAGCUCGUCGCCACUUACAUGGGCAGCGACGACAGUAUCAUCCCCAAGGGUGGAUACCUCGUCAUCAGCCCCGUCUUCAGAGGAAUGAAAGUACCCAUGAUCCAGAUCGGUGGAAUCGUAAACAGCAUCCAGGACACCUGGAAAUUCGUAGAGCAGAAGUUCAAGAACUUCCAGAAAGAAAGCCAGAGCAGCCGCAAGGCACAGCAGCAGAAAUUCUCGCCCGAGAACAUCUCCAAAUUGUUGGGCAUCCACGGAGAGGAGCCUGAGCAGAUCGAGGGCCACUUCUUCGCGACCCACAGAAACGGUGACCACUACAUCUCCUUCGACAACCACACUUUGGAGCAGAUCCCAGAACAGCUCAGAGAAAUGGCCAAAUCCAUGAAGAAGGGAGUCGACUUCGAGGAAACAAGACUGAGCGGUUACGAAGUGAUCCUGAGCUUCCCCAUGGAAACUGGUUACCCAUUCUCCUUCACCCUCAAGGCCCCGACCAUCGUGAGCGUCAACGCACAGUCUAAACUGAUGACCGACUCCGAGCUGUCCAGCAGCGAGCUUCCCAACUCCGCAACCGUCUCCGGAAAAGCCCGCAUGGUCUACGGUUUGAAGGUCCAAAAGAGGCUCGGAUUCGUCAUUCCCUUCGAGCACCAGGAAUACAUCGCCGGAUUAGACAAGGACAUCCAAGUUUAUGUGCCAUUCCAGUCCGAAGUUGCCUUUGACAGGACCAAGAACGAAGCCCGCUUCACGCUUCAGCCCCACGAGGACGAGAAGGAGUACAAGAUCCUUCAAUUCAAGUCCCAGCCCUUCACCUCCAAACACGACAUCCUGAGCCUCCAGCCCGUAUCCAUCGACAAGAACACUCACACCGUUCACAAGGAUCGCGCUUCUCCUUUGAGCUUCGAACUGAACGACCAGAGCGGCAAGCAGAGAGUGCAAUUCACAUGGCAGAACCAGAACAGCUAUCAGAAUGACGACAGCCGCGAGAACAAAGAUAGAAACGCCAUCGCUGCCGCGACCUCCCUUGUGUCCUCCGUCGCAUCCCUCUAUUUCCCGAUCUCCAUCGAGAAGGCCGAGUACGAGAAAUACUCCAUCAAGCUGACUCCGAGCAGCGACAUGAACGUCGAGCUGAAGGCCAGCUACGACUCUCUGAUCACCGAGAACAAGGACUCCGAAAGCUCCGAAAGUUGGUCUCCCAACGCCAGGGCCCCACAUCUUGGCCAAAGCUUGAGCCAGGGUGAACGCAAGGAGAAGCUCCUCAGCGAAGUUGCCAAGAACAUCAACUCCGCCAAGGCCAAAUCCGUUGAUGUCAGUGUAAAAUUGAACGCAGGCGUUAAGGCUUCCAUGGCUUUCACCGCCGCUGUAGGUUACAGCAACGUCGACCAGAAAUCGCGUGCUCUUCUCUUCGCCGCCGGCAAGGACAAUGAGGGACAGAGCUACCACUUCUCAGCUGGAUUCGAGGGCAAGAGCCCCGACACCGAUACCCUCGACUUCGAGGAGACCCUCAAGGCCAACACCCGCCAUGAAUUCGAUGCCGAGCUCCAUUACGGCAAGGGAUCCGGCGAAAGCUCCAACGAAUUCAAGGACACCAUCAGAAUCCAAGGAAAGGCCAAGCAGAGCGAGGAGCGCAAGAACCAGAUCCGUCAGUCCCGCGAGGCUGAGGAGUGCAACAGGGAGCACGACAAGAGCGGCAACAAGAUGACUCAGUCUUGUCAGAUGGCCAACACGCGCGCGUCAUCCGUUGACUCCGGUGAAAUCAUCGUCACCUUUGAGAGCGGCUCGCCCCUGAAGCAGUUGAGCAUGGGACUCGUCGACAACGCCGAGUCGGUCUCCCAGGACUUCGCCAAGGUCCAGAAGAACCGCGAAGACAAGCACGAUAGCAACAAGAUCAAGAUCGAUUUCAAGCUGUCGCCACGCGACGACAAGAUGGAUAUCACCCUCAAGACCCCCGAAGGCAAGGUCGAGAUCACGAACAUCGACACCAUGAUCAACAACAGCCAGGAGAAGCUCAGCAGCCAGAGCAGCCGAAACAACAUGCAGACCAGUGACAGCAACACCCUCCAGAUUUCCAGCACCUGCGACUUGGACAAGACCAUGGCCAAGACCUUCGACAACCACCGUUACAGCCUCAGGCUUGGUAAGUGCUGGCACGUCGCCAUGAGCUCGUUCCCCAAGAACGACCCCGACAGGCCCAGCCAGCAGCAGCCCAUCCCCAACGACAUGCACGUCACGGUCCUGACCAGAGAGAACGAGAAUGGACAGAAGGAGCUGAAGAUCACCCUUGGCGACAAGGAGAUCGAGCUCAGCACCUCCGGACCCCAUGAGCCCCGCGCCAAGAUCAACGGCGAGUCCAUCCGCUACUCCAAGCAGAAGAGCCACCAAGAGAAACAGGACAACCAGAUCGUCUUCGAAAUCUUCGAGCUCUCCGACAAGUCUGUCAAGGUUGUCUCAGACAAGUUCAAUGUCAAGAUCAUCUACGACGGCUCCCGCGCCCAAAUUCAGGCCGGCGACAGGUACCGCGACUCCGUCCGUGGUCUCUGUGGUAACAACGACCUCGAGCCCGAGAACGACCAGCAGACCCCCCGUGGUUGCACACUCCAGAAGUCCGAGGAGUUCUCCGCCACCUACGCUCUGACCAGCGAGGGCCAGUGCGAGGGACCGGCUGUCCAGCAGGCCGAGAAGGCCAAGAGCUCGCAGUGCACCUUCGAGAGCACCAGGCCCGGAAACGUGAUCAGCGACGCCGAGGCUGGACGCACCAGCCAGUCGGGCCGUGGCAGCGACGACGACGACAGCCGCGAGAGCAGGCGCUGCAUGACCCACCGCACCAAGGUCGUCAUGAAGAACAACCAGAUCUGCUUCUCUCUGAGACCUCUGCCCAGCUGCUCGUCCAGUUGCAGGCCCGAGGAGACCAAGUCCAGAGCAGUCCAGUUCCACUGCGUCGCCAGGAGCAGCGCUUCCGAGAAGGUGGCCGAGCGCGUCGAGAAGGGCGCCAACCCCGAUCUGACCCAGAAAUCCGUCACGUACACCGAGAGCUACCAGCUGCCCAUCAGCUGCAGGGCUUAAACGAUCCACAAGAUAGUUUUGAUAGUGUCAUGUAUUUAUUUAGCGAUUAGUCAUAGUUAGUUAGAUUAGCGUUUUGCAAUAAAUUAGAUAUUGAAUCAUAAA